AUGACAGAGCAGUCCUGGGGUUUAGGGCCCCUGUGGCCUUUGCUGGGGUGGACAUGGACCCUGGCUCUAGCAGCAACCUCCCCCACGGAUCUGGCAUCAGUCAGUGUCACUUCUGGAGGGGCAGCUGGAGUACCUGUUGAGGAUGGAGUCAAUACCACAUUUACUGCCACCAGCUACAACUACACAGGUUUUAGCUGUGUGUCCCUACUUCCCCCAAGGAGGGGAUCUUUCUAUGUGGAGCAGGGCACAGGAGUAUCUCUGGGCACCGUCCUGGCUUUCUGGUGCCGUGAGGGCUACCAGCUAGUGGGCAGUGAAAAAAUCUCCUGCAUCCUACGAGGGGGAGCCCCUCAGUGGAGUAACUAUUUACCAGUCUGUGAAGCCAUCCCUAAACCAGAGGACCGGGGCCUGAGGGUGGCCGUGCUGGCCUCUGUGGUCAGUGGCAUCAUUAUCCUGGCCAUGUCCGUCUCUUUCAUCAUUUGCUGCCUACAGGAGCGCAUGAGCAAAGAGAGAGGAUCACACAGAGACAGCAGGAGCAGAAAAGAGAAACAGCGACAGCUAUCUCGGCAGAGUGAAUGCUGGUUGGAGAGAGAAGAGGGGGAUUGGGAUGCCCUUCCACCCCCAAGAAUCUACCACCUCUCUCAGAGGCUGGACCCCCACCUGCCCCUCAACAGCCCUCUCUACAUGGGGGGGCUCUCAGGCUAUGAUAAUGGGGGCUACCAGAGGAGUCAGGAGAACCUGCUGAAAGCCCCUCUACCUGGGUUGUACCACAGUGAAAGUCAGGUCUACCCUCACAUGGUGCUACAGAGAGUUCCCACCCCCACUGCUCCCAUUGUGCCAAGUGCCCCCAGUGCUUCUGUCUACCUCCACCUUCCUAUCCCACCCACAGACACCUCUGCCACGCAGCAGGUCCUGCCCCCUUACCCCAAACCCCUCUAUCACAGCCCUAACAGCCCUCCACAAUAG